AUUGCACUCUUCAGAAACCCAGAGAAAAAAAAAAAAAAAAGUGAGGACCGAGAGAUAAUUCACAACUUCUUCCUUCUCACUUGCACACACAUCACUUAAUUUCUUCUGAAGGGCUUUUAUUUUUCUUUUUUUUUGCAAAUCCCCCCCUCUAAUUCAUCCCCGCUUCUGUUGAUCCCUUUCUGUUAAUCAUCUGUUUAUUUCAUGUUUUUCUGAAAUUUUUAGGUUUGUUUUUUGUGUUUAUAUAGAUCUUAAAGCAAACUUAAAACCAGGAUUUCAAGAAACCCAGGUGUUUUCAGAACGAGAUCUCCUUUUUAAUUGAUCUUGUUUUAUUUAUUUAUUAUUAUUUUUUUUAAUUUGGCGAAACCUGUUCUUUAAUUUUACUAAGAAACAGGAAAUAGCAAAAAUGGCGGCUACACUGGAUUUUUGGAGUAGCAGCGAACCAGUAGUUGUAGAUCCCUUCAAUGGCGGUGAGCUGAUGGAAGCACUUGGACCUUUUAUGAAAAGGGCUUCUUCCACACCCCUUUCUUCUUCUUCCACUCCUUCUCUCUCUUCUUUUCCUUCUCCCUCUGACCACUAUUUCUCUCCUUCCACCCCCUCCAGUUAUUUUCCCUACAAUUCUUUCAAUUCCUUCACUCAAUUUGAACAGCCCAUUAUGUAUCAGGCCUCAGCCCAUGAUUAUUUAAAUGGGCCGGCCCAUCAACCAAUGCAAACCCAGAUCCAUGAUAUCCAGACCCAGAUUAUCUCGGGCCCAACCCAGGCCCGGUAUCCACCGACGCAGAACACUUCUCACUUCCUCGGGCCGAGGCCUGUUCCGAUGAAGCAAGUGGGCUCGCCUCCGAAGCCCACGAAGCUUUACCGGGGAGUUAGGCAGCGGCACUGGGGCAAGUGGGUGGCGGAGAUCCGCCUGCCGAAGAACCGCACCCGCCUCUGGCUCGGCACCUUCGACACGGCGGAGGAGGCCGCUCUGGCCUACGACAAGGCGGCGCACAAGCUGAGGGGAGACUUCGCCAGGCUGAACUUCCCGCACCUCCGCCACAGUGGGUCCCACAUCGGCGGUGAUUUCGGGGAGUACAAGCCCCUCCACGCCAGCGUGGACGCCAAGUUGCAGGUCAUUUGCGAGACUCUCGCGCAGGGCAAGAGCAUCGACGCGAACGUUAUCAAGAAAUCUCGGUCCAAAAAAUCUUCUGCGGCCGCCGCCGUAGCCGCGGCGGCGUCCGCGGAGGAGGAGAAAAGCUGUAAAAUAUCCGGAUCCGGAACCGAGAGUGACGGGUCGGGUGUAUCGUCCCCUGUUUCGGAUCUGACGUUCAUUGAAUUUACAGAAGAGGAGCAGCCGGGUUGGGAAAUCGGAUCUUUGCCGAAGUAUCCAUCUUAUGAGAUUGAUUGGGAUGCAUUGUAGUUUCUUCAAGUUUAGGUCUUUAGAUCUUCAGCUUCUGCGAUGGAAUUUUUGACAUUUGCAGAGCUCUCUUUGUUUUUAUUAUUUUUUAGUGUAGUAUUUUGCUUCAUUUAAGAUUAGGUUUUUAAGUAUGAUUAGUUGUUAAUCAUGUAAAUCUUCCUAUCUGGCUUAAGCUAAUUUUUACAUGGCUUUUGUCCAAGAGGGAUUGAUUAACCCCCUUUUGUAAUUGUUUCUUGUUUAUAUCCUAUUAUUAUUUAUGUUUAUUAAUUUUCAGUUC